UAUAUAUAUAAAAGGCUAAAGCAGACCCAAAUAUAUAAAAAUUCAUUGAUCGCAAAAAGAAAAGAAAAAGAAAAGAUGCAGAUCUUCGUGAAAACCUUGACCGGCAAAACCAUAACCCUGGAGGUUGAAAGCAGCGACACCAUCGACAAUGUCAAAUCCAAAAUCCAGGACAAAGAGGGGAUACCACCUGAUCAACAGAGGCUCAUCUUUGCUGGGAAACAACUUGAGGAUGGUCGAACGCUAGCUGACUACAACAUUCAGAAAGAGUCCACUCUUCACUUGGUUCUGAGGCUUAGGGGUGGGACCAUGAUCAAGGUCAAGACUCUCACUGGUAAAGAAAUCGAAAUUGAUAUCGAACCAACCGAUACUAUUGAUCGGAUCAAGGAACGUGUUGAGGAGAAAGAAGGCAUCCCUCCUGUUCAACAAAGGCUCAUCUAUGCUGGGAAACAGCUAGCUGAUGACAAAACGGCGAAGGACUACAACAUAGAGGGAGGCUCUGUUCUUCAUCUGGUCCUUGCUCUCAGGGGUGGUUCUGACUAAUAACUAUUUGCUCUAGAGGUUCCUUUCAAUGGCUUUGGUUGGUUGAAUCCAUGAGACAAAAGUGAAUACAAUUUGGAUUUCGUGCUUUGGUUACUAUGAUGCUAUUUCAGCUGCUUUGGAUCAAUUUACCAAUAAUCUGUUCAAUAUUAGGAUCAUGCAUAAAAUAUAUUACUUGGAUUUGGUUUA